UGAAAUUCAAAACUCCAAUUUUGCUUGAAAUCCAGGUCCUAUGGGGAAAAUUCGAGUAAAAAUUCGAUAUCUCAGCAACAAAGCUGAUUGCGCACGAACCAAGUUGGGAUUCUUCAUAGUCCAUGAGAAUCUACAUCUUAAAAAUAGUCCCACUCAAAAAGAUUUUUAGCACCUCAGGCGGUUCCCUCGUUAGAACAAUACUUUUGAAUUUCCUAACUCUCCUUUUUAUAUGUCGUCUCUUAUUUCAACUAUACGUCACAAUUCUUCCUGUAUAUAGGCAGCAUGCCGACAACAACGAGUGUGGCCGGUAGGUAAAUCUGAAACAUCUGAACUCUGCGGCUCGCUCUUUUACUAAUUGAAUUGUAUAUAACUUAUCUUAUGAUAUCACGACCGGUACAAUUCUGACUCCAAGUGAAUAUUUUACUAGAUCAUUAUGUUUUGUAUAUAUGUAUAACUUUAAUUUACUAGUUAACCCAGCAAUACUAACAACAAUCACAACUACGACAGACAGUAAAUAAGAACGUCUUUACUCGCCACAACUAUGAAGAAGAUCGACUGACAUUUUCCUUUGUUGUUUUACUUUUAGCAACGAGUUCUACUACUGCCGAUACCACUACAGCAGGUGAGUUCCAAAAAUUCAUUUUGUAAUCAAACAAAAUUUAAAAAGUCUUUGGUGGUAAGACACCAGAAGCUGCGUGAAAUAUUGCAAAACAAAAACAAGAUAUUAAGAAGAUAUUAUAUGACGUAAAGUGAAUAUUAUCUAUUUUGUAGCUAUAAUAACUACAACGACAAGCACUUCUAACACUACUGUUUUAACCACAACAAAUACGGACAGUACUGCUACUUCAACAACACUGGCAACAAUAACAACUACUGGGAGUAAGCAGUGCGAUCAAUCUGGUCCCGUUGGCCGUACGGGCACUGUGACAUCAUUUACAUUCUAUACGGACAAUACGUGUAGCGGUGAUACACUAUAUCUUGGUGCAUUUACACCGACAUCGGCUAUAACAGCUGGUGCCAGUGCAACUUUUAUAUAUAUAAGCAGUCAAUGGAUUCAUUUUACUAUACCAACUGUUUCGAGCUCAAGUUUCACAAUAGUCACUGUUAACUUUUGUACGGCUGUAAAUACACCAGUAGGUUGUGUUGCAAAUGCAUUUUCGAUUGACAGUACACAAUUUUAUGGUACAUUUUCAAUUACCUGUGGGCUACCAGGAGUUGUGGUUAGUUCGAGUACUGGUUGCUUUGAUUUGAUUUUGAAUGGUGGUUCCGGGUGCACAACCAGCCAGUUACCGUCUUAUAAUACAAGUGUAACGUAUACUCGACUUGGCAAAGAUAUAUUGACUGCAAUAACUAUUUCAUGA